UGUCUAUCAUUGCUCCUCCCAAGUUUGGUUGCUUUGCAGCGUGAAGAUGCUCAUUCAUGGGAGAGAGGUAAAGAAAGCGCAUGCAAGCCCUACAGCAGGACCGGAGCGGGGCUAUUCUUGUCCUCAAGCGUGCGAAUCCGUUCCUUUGGGUGCAACAAUUCACCUGCACGGCGAAGAUACGUCUACAAGGGAAAACGAGCGGCGUGAAAACAAGGCCGGGAAAUAUUAUCAACAACACACUAACGGAUGUAUUAAAUUAACGCACCCUUAACCGGGAUCUCUUUUCUUUUUGAAUUCAGCUGUAUUAGCGCUUUUUAUGUGGGUUGCUUUUUUAUAAAAUUUUUUUUACAUAUGCUUAAGAAAUUAUGCUACGGACGACAUUGCAAGGAUUGCUUUAAAAUGAAACAUCGCGCAAAACAGGGAACAGCGUGUGUAGGUGCACAUGGACCUCGUCCGGCUGGUUCGGCUCGGAUGAGUCUUAACUUAUCCCGCACCUGGCAGCAAAUCACAUUGUGCGAUUUUUAAAACUCAACUUUUGAUUUUUGAAGGUGGAUGUUAUGCUAGACUGACUUCAGUGUACUCGAGGAAACAAGCAAACAGAAUGACAAGUGAAAAGACAUCUGUGCGGCUUGGACUCCUAAUUGAUAAUAAUGGGAAUUAAACGGUGAAAACAGACGGCGCUUUUUGACGGCAUUAAGAUUUAUUAAUGAAAACACAACUAAUGUGCCGAAAGCUUCUUCUGAUAAACACUGAUUGUGAAAACGAGCUCUGAGUUAACACGACACAUUAAAAUAUGGAGAGUGGGCAUGAAUUUUUAUCAUGAAAGUGCGCCCUUUUGCUGCUGUCACACACUCGAUGUUAUUUGCCAGGGCUGAAAAUGUAUGUAUAUAACGUACAUGUCCACUGGUGAACUUUCAGAUUAAUGGAUAUUCACGUUGUUACUUUUACAUGCAUGAAAUCGCCAGGAAGUUCAAGUCCAACCCCUGGAAACGAGUAGUCUUGUCAGUCGUGAUCUCGUGAAUGAAAGCGGCAAUGUUUAGCUGUCGAAGUUGCCAUGGAUCUACAAGUGUGAUUAUAUUGAAUGAGACAGAUGUGGACGUUUGUCACUGAGUAUUCAUUAGAGGAGUACUAGGUUGCAUGAAAUAACCACCACGAGCCGUCUGCAGGCACAAAGCCUGAUUUUGUUUUUAUUCAUAAGUUAAGACGUCUUGACUCUUCGGUGAGCUCGCACUGCGCACCGAGCGCCCGCUGAAGCCUGGGGAUAAUCCUGAUUUGAGUGGCUGUUAAAAUAAUAAGCGACGUGGUGUCAGUGAGGCCACAGACGGUGGGGAUUUCACGAGAUUACCGUUCGGACUGCUAUUUUGUUCGUCCACACUCAAACAUCAGUAUUCGGGCGUAGGACGUCGCCCUUCGUUGCUCUCCUGACUGGCAUCUUCUCGGAGCGCAGCAUAGACAGGAAUUUGAGGGAAAACGCAUGCAAGUAUCUGUAGAUACAGGUUCUAACAGUAUUUGCAAGGCUGGAGUGUCGAUAAGCCUCUAGUUACUGACUGUCCAGCAUGACUGACGCGCAGGAGGAGGUACACUUAAGAUACAUCCGACCUGCGGUUAACACACACGGGCCACUUUACGAAUCCUCCCGCAGGUGAGCGGGUGAUGGUUCUGCGAGGAUGCUGCGCUUUCCAGUGAAGAAAAUUCGGAAGCAAUUCAAACUCCUCCUUCUAUUGGUCCUGCUUACGUUUGCUGUCUGGUUCACAUAUCUGCAUAUAAACCAAGGCAAAGCGAUCAAACUGCAUUUCAACUAUGGCAAAGACGGGGAGAAGCAGACGGAGGGGACGGAUGCCAGCCGUAGGAGGGACUCGCGCUCCUCGGCCGGCCACCGCAAGAACGAGGCCAGCGACAGCCGGGAGGAGGAGCCUGCGGAGGAAGAGUCCAAUACAUUGGAAGAGGAUGGAAGAGACAUAGCAGACAUGAAGAAGUUUCUCGCCCAGAAGCUGAACAAGUUACCAUGGAAGCCAGAGUAUAAAGGCCAGGCUAACCUGCAUGUGUUUGAAGACUGGUGUGGCUCCUCUGUGACUCAGCUCAGGAAGAACCUUCACUUCCCACUCUACCCCCACACCAGAACGACAGUGAAGAAGCUGGCUGUGGCUCCUAAGUGGAAGAACUACGGUUUGCGCAUCUUUGGCUUCAUCCACCCCUACAGAGACGGGGACUUCCAGUUUGCUGUGGCCUCAGACGACAACUCUGAGUUCUGGCUUAGCCCUGACGAGAACCCCCUGAAUGCCCGACUACUGGUUUAUGUAGGCCAGCUGGGAUCCGAGUGGACUGCACCCGGGGAGUUCACCAAGUUCAGGUCCCAGUCAUCCAAGUCGGUGCACCUCAUGGCCUCCAGACGGUACUACUUUGAGAUUUUGCACAAACAAGAUGACAAGGGUUCGGACCAUGUGGAGGCAGGGUGGCGUCCAUUUCUUCCUGGCCUGAAGUAUGAGGUCAUCGACUCUGCCUAUAUCUCCCUGUACACAGAUGAGUCCAGUCUGAAGAUGAACAGUGUGGAUCACAUCCCCCAGACCUUAGCCAGUUACAUUCACUCUGCUCUGGAGUCUGAAACACACAGCCAGCACGGCGCCGACAUGCUGAAACCAGACCCCCGAGACACCUUCUACCGCACGCCCAUGAUCGAGGCAUCCCGCCUGGAGAACGUGCUGCCCGCCUGCCUGUACUCUCCCACAUACGUGGUGAAGGACUUCCCCAUCGCCCGCUACCAGGGCCUACAGUUUGUCUACCUGUCCUUUGUGUUUCCCAACGAUUUCACCAGACUGACCCAUAUGGAGAAGGAGAACAAGUGUUUCUACAGGGAGUCACCCAUAUACUUGGAGAAGUUUGGCUUCUACAAAUACAUGAAAAUGGAUGAGGAAGACGACGACAGGCCAUUCUUCUUCCCCAAUCCGGAUGACUUCCUGGAGGAGGAGGAAGGGGUGGAUCCAGAAGACGAGUCACUGGCAGCCGACACCCCGCCAGUCAGGAGACCCAAUGGCAACCAGACGGGCCGUCCAACCACCAGACUCCCCCCUCGAAGGACCGCCCCUCCGACCUCGCCCGACAGACAGGAUGAGGAAGGGGACAGCCACAGACAGAAACGGGCUUCUCAGUGGUCGAGGGGGGGCGGCAGGAAAACACGGGACCGCCCCCCCAACCGGCAACAGCGGGAGGAGCAGGAGGCGCCAGAUUCCCACAUGCAGGAGGCUGGGUUGGGUGUGGUCCCGGGCCGCUCCCUCUCCUGGAUCCGCACUGGCCCGGAUGAGCUGAGCCGGAAGGGGGGCGCAGAGACGCCCCUGAAAUUCAGCAAGUCACCUCUCCUGUUUCCCCCGAAGAGCUCCUUCUCGGCACUGAGCAGCAGGACCAAGCAGAUCAUAGGCAACUCUGCCCACCCCGGCCCCGCCCCUGACAACCCGCAGGCCAAUAAGGAGCAGAAGAAGGAGGACAAUAAGAUCUACAUUACCAGGCCUCGCUUGGCCAAUGGCAGACGGAGCUCCACCCCCCGGCAGCCCAAGGAGGUGUUUCCGGGAGUCUUCCUUUACCAGAACGGGAAGACCACCAAGCUGGUGAACCUUAGCACCAAGCCCCGGAACCCCCCUCAGCUCUGGCCCCCCUUCAAAGGCAGCAAGACCCCUCUGCUGAGUGCCAACAUCACCCACCUGUCUGCGCUUCACAAAGCCUCUACCAGGGCGGCGCUGGCGAGGCGGCAGCAGAGGAAGACAGAAGACCCCUGGAUGGCACGACGGGGCUCUCUGGGCUCUCCAGGCAGGAGCAGCUCUCCAGCUCCUGCGUCCCGUCGGGUGAACCCCCCUCCUACCACCACGGCUAGCCCCAAACUGCCAGGCCCCCGUCCAUCCCAGAAUAGCCCCCCCAUAGAGGCCAGGGUCACUUCAUACCUCAGAACUUCAGAGAUCACUGAGUCCCUGCAGCAGCGGGAGACAGAGGUGGAGCCUGAUCAGGAGGCGGGGCCGGAAGCGGAGCAGGAGGCGGAGCUUGAGCAGGAGGAAGGGGGGCUAUCAGAGUACAGCUAUGAGGAGGCGGACCCUCGGCCGGGGUGGGCGGAGGAAGCCAUUAAUUGGCAGCGCACGUUCAGCGUGAACAGCAUGGACUUUGAAAUGCUGCGCUCCGACUGGAACGACCUGCGCUGCAACGUGUCGGGGAACCUGCAGCUGGGAGAGAGCGAGGUGGUGGACGUGCUCGCGCAGUACAUGGAGAAGCUCAACGAGCGCAAUGGAGGGAUCUACACCCUCCUGCGGAUCAUUAACGUGGAAAAGCGCAGGGACUCGGCUCGGGGGAACAGGUACCUGGUGGAGCUCGAACUGAUGGAGAGGGGCAAACGGGUGGUGCGCCUCUCCGAGUACAUCUACCUGCUGCUGCACCGCGGCCGGCUGGAGGAGGGGCCGGAGAUUGGCGAGGGGGGCGGAGCCACCACCUCCAGCCCCGCCGCCACCCCUGCUCUCACCACCAUGGCCGCGGCUGCCACCGCCCAGCCCCGCGCCACCACGCCCUGGGGCACUGCCUAUGCCCGGCCCCUGCUCUGUCAGCCUGUCAUGUUGCGCUGGAGGCAUGAUGUCAUGGUGCACUUUGUGGUGCCAGUGAAGAACCAGGCCCGCUGGGUGCAGCAGUUCAUAUCGGACAUGGAGCACCUGCACAGGGAGACCAAAGACGAAAACUUCAGCAUCAUCAUUGUGGACUUCCAGAGUGAGGACAUGGAUGUGGAGCAGGCCCUGAGGGAAAGCAAGGUGCCUCGGUAUGAGUACCUGAGGCGGGAGGGGAAUUUUGAGCGCUCUGCGGGUCUUCAGAUUGGAGUAGACACUAUAGAGGACAGUCACAGUAUUGUGUUCCUGUGCGACCUGCACAUCCACUUUCCAAAUAACAUUCUGGAGAGCAUCAGGAAGCACUGUGUGGAGGGGCGGCUGGCCUUUGCCCCCAUCGUUAUGAGACUGGGCUGUGGGAGCUCCCCCAGAGAGCCUGACGGCUACUGGGAAGUCAACGGCUUCGGCUUGUUUGGAAUUUACAAGUCGGAUUUUGAUAAAAUCGGGGGGAUGAACACUGAGGAGUUCAAGGACCGUUGGGGGGGUGAGGACUGGGAGCUUCUGGACAGAGUGCUCCAGAAUGGCCUAGAGGUGGAGAGACUGAGGCUGAGGAACUUCUUCCACUACUACCACUCCAAACGGGGCAUGUGGAAUGCUGGGGUAAAGAAGAACCCCAAAGGGUAGCCCUCUGAGCUGCCUGCCAGGCCCUCUCUCUUUCACUCUCACUCCCUCUGCCAUGUGAGUCAAGCAUUCUACACAGACAGCCCUGGCCUUCGUAGGACCCCUGGGGGCCUUUUGUUGUUACAGGGACAAAGAGGCCGGCCAAUCAAGUCCACCCGUGCCCUCGCAGUUCCUCUCUCAGCUACACUGUGGCCCGUAUAAACACAAACACUGGGGAGGAACGUCUCUAGGGGAACAAUGAUUGCGCGGGGGUUUUAUUUUGAAGUUGGCUGUUUUUGUUUUUUACAAAAAGGAUGAUUGUUCUCUGUGUGUCUGGGAAGAAAAGCUUGUUUUCUCUAAUGUGAUGACAUCUUUUUUAAUAAAGUUUCAGAUGCAGGCAGUAAUUGCAGAGAAUAAAGUGCAAUGGAAUGCAUCAGGCUCUACUUUGAGAGAGAUGCAGGAAUGUCAGACAUCAAGGGUCAUUUAUCAGGAAUAGCAAAGGUAUCAAUAAGCUAUAUCAUGUCUCUCACUGUGUUUGGAGGGAAGGGAGAUGAGGAAAACCUUCAUAUUUUUUAUUUGCUGCUGACUGUCGUUCUCAUUUUAUUUCUCUCUUCGUUGGGAUAUUUGGCCUUGUGCAUUGAACAGACACCAUGUUGCUAUUAACCAUGCCUUCACUCAUGGGUUAUAAGGGUAAUCAAGAGAAAGAAAGGGAGCACCUUGGUGGCUUUUGUCCUUGGUCCGCUCCCCAGUCUCUGUGCUUGUCACUCUGUGCAACAUGUGGAUCUGACACCCCCACACAGACACACUGAUUUGAGGGGGUACACGUGGUACUGUCUUCAGCUUCUGAAUUGUGAGGCUACUGCUCCUCCAUUAGCCUUGAAGCCCCGACUUGUUCCCUCUGUCCCCUUAACGGGUCUGGCCUCUCUCUCUGAUGGGCCCAGCACCGUGAACCAUACAAGAAGCAACCAGCAGGACCCACUGCUCUGAGGACUUGAAACUUCCCCUUCUUUUAAAAAUGUCAUUUAUGUUUUGGGGGGCUUUUAUUAUUUAAAUUGUGCAAAGCUCACAACUUUUAUCCAACGAAGCGGGUUGUUGUGAAAUUCAUUGUUCGACGCUCAGCGAGCACACAGAUUCAUUACUCCCUCACUUCACAAAACAUGGCUUCUUGGGUGGAGAAAGUAAGAAUGGGGUGGAGGGAUCUCCAUGUGGGAGAAUGUCAUGUUUGCAAGCAACUGUAUUUGUGUUGGAACAGCAGGGAUUAACCUACUGGCAUAUGUCUUACCUGACAGCUUGGAGGAUUCAAUAAGUAUUCUCAUUGUUUUUCAUAGUGUUGGGAUGGGCUGACAGAAGUACUAGAAUGAUUACACUGGGUGUGUAUAACACACAAUAAUUUGUAAAGCUGUAUUAAUGACUAAGAUUGUCUGACCGGCGCCCUUGUUUGCCUGUUAUAAUCUCCAAAAAGGCUUACAGUGUGACAUAGUGCUUAAUGAACUGUUAAACACCUUUGAAUUCUUUAGACCCUCACAACAAAUUGACACACACAGGUCCCUGCGAAAUUUCUAUUAAACAUGUUACAAACCAAGACAUACAAUUAUUUGAAAGAAGAAUUUUGCUCAGAAUUUUGGCUGCUUUUGACAGUUGUGAGUAAUCUGCUAGAAAUGUACUGGUGUCUAAAGGGUUGAGGAAUUUCAAAUAAUGAUUUAUCUCAAGUUAUUGAUUUUUAUGUAUUUAUUUUUAACCAGAAGGCCAAAUUUUGUUACCGGAUUUGCAGGGGCAUUGAUGUUGACCAUGAGUGGGGGCUGAGGGACUGAGUUGGUUAAAUAAACAUAUCCAGCAGUAUAAAUGGAAAAUAUGUAAAAAUGUAAGAUAUGCCAUUCUCUCCAGAAAAGGCCUUCUGUUAAGCAAGUAUGUAAAGUCUAAAAAAGGAACAGAUAAAUAUAUGCUAAAAUAAAGACAUGGGUUUACAUUCUGAGGAUAAUUUCUGUGAAAUUGUUUUGUAGAGUUUUAAGAAUGUACUGUAUUUUAUUUUCUUGAUUUCGUUCCGGUUUUCUUUUGUAAAAAAAUAAAUUUUAAAGCUUAAGUUUCA